AUUGGAGACUGUGAAGGCCUGGGAGGUGACAGUGGAUGAAAGGAAGCUGCACAUGCUGAUGGAGGUAAAAGACGAUCUGAGUGCAAAAACCAAGAACCACCGCGUGUGGACCAAUGUGUGCCUGUCAGACAGAGCCCUCCAGGACUUCCUGGUGAACACUGUGCGGAGCUGCCAGGAGUCACCUCCAGAAAACACCCCCUCUAUCAAAGUAAUUUUGAGAAGCCUCCUGGAUCCUUACAUCUACUCGGUUAAGGACUUCCCUGAGGCUUCCUCCAUUAUGCAAUGGAUCUUCCAGAAUGAGCACCCGCUUCCCAGAUCUCCCAAAAUCUCUGAGCUUGAAGAACUCAUCAAAACACUGCAGGAAAUGAAGGAGCACAUCUAUGCUGUCACCUACGCACCAGGAAGCUCUGCUUCUGCUGUUCAUGAAGCAAAGAUAAAAGCCACCCUGACCAGCAGCCUCGCCAUUUAUUCCUUACUCCAGUCUCUCCAGGAACGGGCUGAGAAGGACAUGGAACUGUUGGUGCUCUUGAUUGUGACCAGCACAGGGUACCAGGUGGAAAGCAGCACAUUUCAGCACCUCCUUGGACACCCUGACAUUCAGUACAUGGCCAAGGAAAUGCAAGAAGCACAUGAGGAGUAUGUGAACCUGAAGGAUCUCACAGAAAAAGAGAACAUUGCAACUGGACGAUCCAGCAAAACCAUAACAAUAGAGUUGAAGAACAGAAAUGAAGCAGAACUGGUGGACCAGCUGACCAAAAUUAUCAGAGAUUUCCUGGAAGGGUCUAAUCCCUGUAUCAGCCUGGACGCCUGCGUGGACAAAGCUCGCCAGCACGGAUUCAUUGUGGAUGCAGAUCAACCCACAUGUGUGACAGCCAAAGCAAAGGCAAAGGAGCUGGUGGACCUUCUGAAGAAAGAGAAGCUGUCUGAGAUCAAAUCCCAGCUGCUGCCGCUUCAAGGAAAACUGUGGUGCCAAUGGUGCAAAAAGGACAAAGAACUCACUCGCCUGCAGGAGAAAGGGAACAAGAGCAUUGAGCACCAUCGCAGCCAAAUUGAGUAUGAGAAGAAAGCAAUAAGAAGAAAGCAACUUGAGCAAGCUUUCCCUCUCAACCCGCUGAUGAAAUCAUUCCUUGGCUUUCUCCAGGCCCAGCCAGCAGAUACCAGGAAAUACUUCCUGCAGUGGAUGAAGGUCUUUAUGGAUGAGCUCUCCUGUGGUCGCCUUGAAGAACUUAGGAGAGACUAUCACGAAUUAUGGACUAAAAUCCUGUCAGGAAAGAAAAACAAGAAAAACCCCAAGGUGAAUGAUCCAUUACUGACUCGCUUGGAUGCUGUCUCUGAUGAAAUCAACGAUUCAUCCAUUGGCCUGGAGCACCUUCUGAGAGAAGUAGGGCAGAUUUAUGAAGCUCUGGAAUUAACAAACACCAAGGGAGACAUUUUAGCCAAACUGCCGGAAAUUGCAGCACAGCUGAUGGUUUCGGGGUAUCCUGUGGAGCUGAUGGAUGGGGACGCUUCUUACCUGCCCCUGCGCUGGGUGGGAGCAAUCUUUGACAGCUUAAUUGAGAGGCUGGGGGACAAACGAGUGUUUGUGCUCUCCGUGCUCGGCAUCCAGAGCACAGGCAAGUCCACCCUGCUGAAUGCCAUGUUUGGUCUGCAGUUCAACGUCAGCGCAGGGAGAUGCACCCGCGGAGCCUUCAUGCAGCUCAUCCCAGUGGGCGAGGAGCUGCAGCAAGACUUGGGCUUUGAUUUUGUGCUGGUGGUUGACACAGAGGGACUUCGAGCCAUUGAGAUGGCAAAUAAACAGUCCCUGAAGCAUGACAACGAGCUGGCCACCUUUGUCAUUGGUGUUGGCAACUUGACUGUGAUCAAUAUCUUUGGAGAAAAUCCAGCAGAAAUGCAAGAUGUUCUCCAGAUCGCUGUGCAGGCUUUCCUGAGGAUGAAGAAAGUCAAUCUUUCCCCAAGCUGCCUCUUUGUGCACCAAAAUGUGGGAGAAGCAACUGCCAAGGAGCAGAACAUGGAAGGACAAAGGUGUUUGCAGGAAAAGCUGGAUGAAAUGACCGUGGUAGCUGCCCAGCAGGAAUUCUGUGACGUCUCCUCCUUCAGCGACGUCAUUGGCUUUGAUGUGAAGACCCACAUUCACUACUUUGCUCACCUGUGGGAAGGAAACCCCCCGAUGGCACCACCCAACCCCACCUACAGCCAGAACGUCCAGCAACUAAAGAGCAAAAUCCUGCAGGCUGCCAAGCAGCAUUCCCAGCGCGGCAUUUUGAAGCUCUCGACCCUGAAAGAUCGUAUUGGUGACCUGUGGAAUGGGGAUUACAGUCGAAAUUUUAUUCAUGAAAUACUCAAUGAAGUACAGAAAGGUGUGAACUCUGUUCACAAUGAAAAAUGGACUUUUAACAGAGAGUACAGCAUGGAUUUGUCUCUGUAUCUGUGCAAAAUGGCAGCAGAAAGGUUUAAAGCCAUGCAUAAUGAAUUCCAAAAGGCAAAUGACCCAGUCAUAUAUCUGAGCAGCAAGAGAGAAGAUUUCUUCCAAUGUUUCCAAAUUUCCUGCCAAGGAGCCACUUCAGUCAUAACUAUUGUUGUUUUCCUUUGUGAAAAGAUUGAACCAGCUCUUCGCGAGGCAGUCUUUGAGAAGACGGCUAAAGACAUUGCUGAGGACAUGAAGAGCAAAUUCCCAGACUUCAGGGGCAACAGAGCCAAUCUGGAAGUUUGCAUCCUGAGAUACCUGGCAGAACAAGAAAAUUUUGCGUAUUUCAAGCAGUACCUUACAUCUCCUAAGCAGUUUUUUCAGAGUUACAUUGAGAAACAAGUUAAGAGUCAUUGUUUAGAUGAGAGUAGGAGGCUGAGAAUGUUUUUACAUUCCUGCCUUGAAUCUUUCUAUGGAAACAUCCUGUCAGCUGUUUCUUUAUCAACCCAAAUUGUCAAAGACAGAAAAGACAGAGAAGACAAAAUCUCUCUUUGGCUGGAUGAAUUCUGCGGGGAACUGGCAGAAGUGAUCAACUUGCCCAGAAGUGACCUGAAGGGCAUCGAGCAUCAGGAGGUCACAGACAUUGAGUUCCUGAGCAGUGCCAUGGCAAAAGGUCUGGCUGCUGUGAAGGACAGGAUCAAGGCAGAAUUUACUGAUGCGGACUUGAGCUCAUUUUCAAGGCAGCCUCACACCAUCCUGGCAGAGCAUUUUUCGGGGUGCUGGGAGCAGUGUCCCUUUUGUGGGGCUGUCUGCACAAACACCAUGCGGGAUCAUGAUGGAGACCAUCAGCUGGUCUUCCAUCGCCCACAGGCUUUGAGAGGAUACACGUGGUGGGUAUAUUCCCAUGACAGGUGGCACGAUACACAUGAAUUGUCCAUUGAUAUUUGUUCCAGCUAUGUUGCAAGCAACUGUAGUUUUGGAGUCAAUGAACACCACUAUAUCCCUUACAAAACAUACCGUAAAGCUGGACCUCCUUUUUCUACGUGGAACAUUCUUCCAGAUUCAUCCAUGCAGGCAUACUGGAAAUGGUUUGUGUCUCAUUUCAGGACAGAGCUGGAAGCGUUCUGCAAGGGGAAAUUUCAGGGCAGAGGAGUAAUCCCUGAGGCGUGGCGGAGAAUUACCAAGCAGGAAGCACUGUCUGAGCUGGAGCAACGUUAGGUCGUAUCCAUGGGAAGGAAGAACCACAGUGGCUUGGCUGUUUAGUGGAAUUUUGUACCAGGUUCUCCACAAAAUGCAGUUACAAUGGCAACGCUUUCAAGCCCAAGGAAGACAAUGGUAUCCAAUUGUUCCCAAAUUUGGUGAAAUAAGGCGCAUUACUGCAGCUGUCACUCAACAACUCCCUUGCUUCCUGAGAAAGCCAGAAUCCUCCUGCCUUCUUGCCAUAAACAUUUCCCUCUGCUUUGUCCUAGAGCCAAACCAAACCCCUCCUUGGGGAGAUCAGCCUCGUGGCCAAUCCUGACUUCAAGGGCCAGGGCAAAGGCAGCACUCAAAGCACCCCUUGGCUCAGCUGCUGAGACAAGAAGGGACUGUUGGAGUGUAAAAACAGAGGGCUCUCUGAGUCCCUAAGAAAAAGAGCAGUUUGUAGGGAUUAAAGUUUUUAGAGAAGUUUAAAUAUAUUAAGCCACAGGGACUUGAAAGAGAUGUGUAAGCUUUAGUUUUAAGUACUUAGAAGUAUUAUUAAGUUGGACAGAUACAAAGUAGAAGUACAAAUCUUAGUUUCAAGUAAGUAAAAUAUGUUUAAGUGCCUUAAAGAGCAAAAGCC